UUUGACUAAUUAAUAUUUUAAAAACUCACUAUCUCAUUUUAUAUAUGCACUUGUUAUUGUAUAAGGCCAUCAUUUCAAAUUGCAUCAAUUUCCCACUAAAAUACAACUAAAAAAAAAAUAGUGCAAUUACAACUACUAUCUAAACAUUACGCAUACAAAAAUAAUUGUUCAAAAUAUAUCAUUUAAAACGACCAAACUACUUAUUUUAAUAGAGAAUGAGGACCCCUUAUAUUUUAUGUGCACAAUUAUGCAACCCACCAAUCUUCUAUAUAAACAAGUAGCAAAAAUUAGUUUCCUACACAAAAUUUAAAGAUUAGACCCAAAAAAAAAAAAAAAAAAUGGCGGGUGAAGAAAUAGUGCUAUUUGAUGUGUGGACUAGCCCAUAUGCAAUGAGAGUCAAAAUUGCAUUAGAAGAGAAGGGAAUUGAGUAUGUUUGUCAACCACAAAAUUUGCUUAAUAAAGGGUCUUUGCUUCUUGAGAUGAACCCGGUUUACAAAUUGGUACCGGUUUUGAUCCAUAAUGGUAAACCCAUUAGUGAAUCCCUUGUAAUUCUUGAGUAUAUUGAUGAGUUUUGGGCUAAAUCGUUUCCUUUGCUUCCUAUUGAUCCUUACCAACGAUCCCAAGCUCGAUUUUGGGCUGAUUUUAUUGACAAGAAGAUAUAUGCCGUAGCAAAACAACUAUGGAGAGUAAAAGGUGAAGAGCAGGAAAAAAUAAUAAAGGAAUUUAUUGAAAACUUGAAGAUAUUAGAAAGAGAGAUUACAGAUGAUAAGUUCUUUGGUGGUGAUACGUUUGGAUACGUUGAUGUCGCAUUGAUUCCAUUCACAAGCUGGUUUUACACCUUGGAAACAUUUGGAAAUUUUAGCAUCGAGGCUAACUGUCCCAUAAUUAUUGCAUGGGCUAAAAGAUGUAAAGAGAGACAUAGUGUAUCUAGUUCAUUGCCGGAUCCUGAUAAAGUUUAUAACUUCGCUUUGGACUUCAAAAAGGCUUUAGGGCUCGACUAAACCUUUAUAUACUACCUUUCCCAAUUAAAAUGUGCAACUUUUGGUUAUUAUUUGUUAGAUAUAAAAAAUUUAAAUGUUACACAUUAAUAAUUAAUAAAGGUAGUACAUUUUAUAUGUAUUUGUAGCCUUGGAACGUGUUGAACUAUUUGGUAAAUUUACGUGUAUCUUCCAUUUGUGUUAUUAAGGAUAUAUUUCUUAAACUGUGCUGUCUAAUAAACAAUAUUAUCGACUUUUAUAGUCUUGGAGGCUUGGAGCUAUGUACUACGUAUUUGGAAUAUUUAAUGAGGAUAUUUUGUCAAUAACAAUAAUAGUUCGU